CUCGGUCGGAACGGAAGAGCGGCCUCUCUUGGUCCUUCCGGGUUUCUUUCCCCUGUUUGCUCUCCGCGUCCUCCAGCUUCAUACCGUGUUACGACUGAAGCGGCACACACUGCAGUUUCCAAGGCAACCGGUUCAACAGUUUCUGCGCUGCCGGCGUCUGGAGGCCCCCGGGCGCCCACCUGUCGGCAUGUGCGCCGCGGAGGUGGACCACCAAGUUGCCCAGAGAUACCUGCUCAAGCGGCGGCUGGGGAAGGGGGCCUACGGCAUUGUGUGGAAGGCAGUGGAUAGGAGGACUGGCGAAGUCGUGGCCAUCAAGAAAAUCUUCGAUGCCUUUAGGGAUAAGACGGAUGCCCAGAGAACGUUCCGGGAAAUCAUGCUGCUCCAGCAACUUGGGGACCAUCCUAACAUCAUCCGCCUCCUGGACGUGAUCCGGGCGGAGAACGACAGGGACAUUUACCUGGUGUUUGAGUCUAUGGACACUGACCUGAACGCCGUCAUCUGUAAGGGCAGGCUGCUGAAGGACGUCCACAAGCGCUUCAUCAUGUACCAGCUCCUGCGGGCCACCAAGUUCAUCCACUCAGGAGGCGUCAUCCACCGGGACCAGAAGGUACACCCCUGGGGUGGACAUGUGGAGUCUGGGCUGCGUCCUGGGGGAGAUGCUUCGGGGGAGACCCCUGUUCCCAGGCACAUCUACACUCCACCAGCUGGAGCUGAUCCUGGAGACCAUCCCGCCUCCUUCCAAGGAGGACCUCCUGGCUCUCAGCUCAAGCUUCAGCGCCUCAGUCCUGCCCUGCCUGGGGUCCCGGUGAGCGGGGCUGCUGAGGAGCCUGGCUCGCACUCCUCGUGUAAAUUUGCUGGCCAGUCUGCCCGCCCAGACCCGGGCCCUGGCCUCCGGAUGGCAGGCCCAAACCCAGCGAGUUGGAAUUUCCAGCACCGCCGGGCUUGGCCUGGGGGCAUGGGCAGGCCCGCGGGAACUGCGCGGGGCAUGGAGAGCGAGGGACCAGAGGACGAGGCAGGGAGGGGUCGGCCAUCAGUGCCACGCUGCCUGGGGGUGUCGUGUUGGGAGGGGAGAUGCCCGGAGGCAGUUAAGUGGCGCUGGGCGGAGGAUGGGGAGGGGCCCGCCCUGGACAGGGGACAAUAUGCAGGCACCUACAGGCCACGGCAGACGCUGGACGCCCUCCUGCCGCCAGACACGCCCCCGGAGGCCCUGGAUCUCCUCAAGGGACUCCUGGUAUUUGCCCCGGGCAAGCGGCUUAGCGCAGCGCAGGCGCUGCGGCACCCCUACGUGCAGAGGUUCCACUGCCCCGCUCGCGAGCAGACCCUGGAUGCGGCUGUGCGGCUCCCGGUGCUCGAAGGAGUCCAGCUGUCAGCGCCUGAGUACCGCAGCCGCGUCUAUCAGGUGCUCCGGUCCGCGACCACGAUCUUCCCACACCCACGCUCACCCUCGGGUGCCCCCCCCCCCCGCCUCAGCGACCCCCAGAACCCUCUACACCCACGCCGUCCACCUCUGAGCGCCCCUCGCCUCCCGCAGAUGAUCCUGGAGCGCAGGGGCGGCGGCCCCGUCCCGAGAGGGAAGGGCCCAGGGGGCACGCCCCCGGGGACGGAGCCCAGCGCCCCCCGGGCCCAGGCGCGCCUGCGCUCACCCAGAGCCGUCCCUCAGCUGUCCCCGGGCUCGCCCUCGCAGAAGCCCGGUGCCGACGCCCAGAGCAGCCUGGGUCAGCAGUCCGCACACGACCCCACAGACGUUCCCUGCGGAGCCGAGAACCUUCCCCGGCCGGACGUGGUGCCCCUGCUCCAGCCCUCGCCCCCAGGGGGUCUCGGGAGGGCGGAAAGGCCCCCUGGGGUGACGCCACAGGCCCCCUCGGGCCACUCGUGGGUGAAGCCCAGCGUGAAGGGGGCGGCGCCCUCCCUGGCCUCUCAGGCCGCCGCCCGGGUGGCCGUCCAGGCCCUGAUCCGGAGCGACUGGAAUCCGGGCCGUGGGGUGAGGGCGAGCGGCGCGCGACGGGUGAGCCCGCCCGGCCCCCCGACCGCUCCCCCCGCCCCCCGGCCCCGCCCCCUCGCGCGGCCCCCAGGCCGUGUGCGGGUCCCUCGCGGGCUUCCUGCGGAUGCGCGGCCCGAGCCCCGGCCGGGCCGGAGGAUGUUCGGCGCCUCGGCCUGGCAGGGGGCGCAGGGGGCCGCGAGGGCCGCGCUCGGGGGCUCUUCUCAAGCCUACGGUACCGUCUGCCAUUCGGCGCUGGGCCGCCUGCUCCUGCUCCCGGGCCCCGCGCGUAAGCCGCCCUGCCAGCCCGCGACCUAGCUCCUGUGCUCAGCCCGCGUCCCUCGCCCAGCCCUGGAUCUGCCCCCGAGUGCCCCGUGCUACCCACCCCCUCCUACCCGCUCCCCCUUUUGCCUGCCCACACCCUUGAGUUCCAGGGAGCUCGUCCAGCCGUCUCUGGGGGAGUGGGAGAGGUCCCCACCCACCCCCAGCCACUUCCUCCAAUAAAGUCGUGUUUGGCCAC